GUUGAUCGAAGGGAUAAUCACCCCCCUUCCACACGGCGAACUUUCUCAGAGAUGCUGCUACGGGACUCCCUCUCCCGUGUGCUGGCUCUUUUUCUUGUCGUUCUGCUCUGCUCUUCUUUCGCAACAGCCUCCGCGCCCGCAUCAUUUUGCAAGUGCACUUGCUUCUCCAAUAGCACGAUCAUCCCUCUCGAUCCCGACUCCUCGGGCUCCGGCUCGAGCCUACACGGUGCCUUGCGGUUCUUUGGUCGCAGUGAUGAUGCGCAUGGCCUGGAUGGAAGAGCCAAGAACUAUCGGUCUUUGAACUGUAACGAUUGCAGCCGGAAAUUUUGCCUGGAUUACGAUUUGCCCACCUGUCAUGGUGCAAAGGAAGAUGAUGUCUUCACUACUUGUUUUCAACGAGAUUCCCGGAAGGAUGAGGCGAUAGUGUUCAUCUUUAUCAUCGCCACGGGCAGCCUUCUCGCUUGGGCUAUAUUCAAACCUUGGGUGGAAAAGUGGCUUGAGGCUGCAAGAGAGCGGCGAUCAUAUAUUCCUGUCUCUGAAAAUGCUGGCCAUUAGAGAUGCAUGCCCCAUGCAUGUCGCACCCAUCAAAAGACCAAAAUACACCGGCGCAUGGCUGGCUGGCCAGACCUGGAUCCCUUCCUCAAAGGACCGCAUGCUAGCCCACCCGUGAGACUGAGGCUUGGUGUGAACCACAUUUCCAUAUCCGUACGUUUCACUCUUCGCGUAACGGCAUGGACUGUCGAACUGGCACACAGUCAUGGUGUCCCCUUGAGCAACGAGGACGACUAAGUCCAAGGAACAAUUUCUCACUAGAAGAUGCGAUCUCCUUGAUUAAUCCCUGCCUUUUGUUUCAACAACUCCCAGCCAUUUGUAUCUACCAUUGCUAUGAAUAGAACAGCGCAGUUGCUUGGGUAUGAGAUUCGUGCAAUUUAUUCCAUUGCUUAUGCCUUUCCCCCCCCCCUCUUUUUGACAUGUCAUCAAUGUCUUUCGUUCCAGCCUGGCCUCUGAACAGAUCGGAG